CCAGUUUUCGCCCACACUGUUCUUAGAAAUUUGCAUACUUCGAGUCAUAGGAAGUAGUCUCUAUAACCGCUGGUUGGACAUUGGCGAAGAAAGCGGGAGUGCCGAUACAGAUGAGCACAGCCUAGCUAACCGGCCAGCCGGUGAGAGAAGCAGGCGCCCCGUUUGUAGGGAUACUCAGCUGUGUUGGCUUCACUCCUCCUCAAUUGAAGACGUGGAAUGGGAGUGAUGGGGCCAGUUUUCGCCCACACUGUUCUUAGAAAUUUGCAUACUUCGAGUCAUCCGUUUCGGUGCUUCCGUGGUGUAGAUAUUUGCCAUCAGAGUCUUGGGAUAUCGUGGUCGCCGACUUGGCUUCAGCUGUGUGUUGAUACAGCCUCAAAUGAAACAACUUGCUGGUAAACACUUCCAUUUGUUCUCUUGCUUUGUGCUGAUCAGUUUUGUUGCGUCCUUUCGCAAGGAGAUGUUAAGGGUGUCCUACUUUCAAGCGCCUGUUAUAUUGCUCAAGUAUAUGCAAAGAAUUCGGUCUAAGCGCUUAAAACGUGAGGCAGCUGUUGACUGAGCGUAGGCUGCUGAACAAGAGUAGGAAUGGGCAGGCUAGAGUGUAGUCUGUACAGCACUGACGUCCUUUUAUUAAAGAUGUUAAUGAGAGCAAAGAUUGUGUAGCAUUAAGUGUUAUUUAAAAUCCCAUUUUCACUCUCAAUUCCACUCUUAUUUCCACUCUUAUUUUCACUCUUAUUUCCACUCUUAUUUUCACUCUUAUUUUCACUCUUAUUUUCACUCUUAUUUUCACUCUUAUUUUCACUCUUAUUUUCACUCUUAUUUUCACUCUUAUUUUCACUCUUAUUUUCACUCUUAUUUUCACUCUUAUUUUCACUCUUAUUUUCACUCUUAUUUUCACUUUCACCUUGACUUUCACCUUGACUUUCACUUUAGUAUUAUGUUUCUAUUCUGUCCAAUUUUAUUAUAUCAAUAAGGC